AUGUCGGGUCGUCCAGGCGGUGGUGGCCGUAAGGUCCUUCUGCCUCCCAUUCAGUUCAUCUUCAGACUGCUACAGAGCAACACACCCGUGAGCGUCUGGCUCUAUGAGCAGCUUGCGAUCCGCAUUGAGGGCAAGAUCCGCGGCUUUGACGAAUUUAUGAACAUUGUCCUCGACGACGCUGUUGAGGUCAAGCAGAUCACCAAGACCAACCCCACAGAAUCGCGACGAUCGCUAGGGCAAAUUCUACUAAAAGGCGACAAUGUCUCAUUGAUCCAGAGCUUGGAGUAG